UGUUCCACGCUCGGACUAGGUAUUCUCGGGGCGUCAGAGAGGGAGAGAAACUGAGCUGUUACAGGCGAUCACCACUCAGGGAGACGCUGCCUUCACUCACUGACGAGUCCUUUACUGGCGCUUUUCUAGUCAGUAGCUCUACGUUUAAUCACAGAAUCGUCUUGUUUUAGGAGUUAGUUUCAGCAGAGCGCACACGAUGGCUGAGAAGAUCGACAUGGAGCCGAGCAAGGCGUCCUCCGGGGAGGUUUACCAGGAAGACCCGUUGUCCAACGGGCUCGACCCGGUGUCCAACGGGCUGGGCCCGGUCACCACGGCCGUCCCGGAGACGCUGCAGCAGCGGGUGCGGAGGAUCGUCCUGGCCAACCUGCUGGUCAUCCUGACCGUGGCCGGAGUCAUCGUCGGGGUCAUCAUCGGUAUGGCGGUCCGCAACACGGAGCUCACCCGCACGCAGGUCAUCUACAUCGGCUUCCCCGGAGAGCUGCUCAUCCGCCUGCUGAAGAUGAUCAUCAUCCCGCUGGUGGUUUGCAGCCUGGUGUCCGGGGCGGCGAGCAUCGACCCCAAGGCCCUGGGCCGGCUGGGCGGCUGGGCCAUGCUCUUCUUCCUGGUCACCACGCUCCUGUCCUCGUCCAUCGGCGUGGUGAUGGCGUUCAUCAUCAAGCCCGGCUCCAACACGGGCUCCAAGCCCCGGGUGGCCGGGCUAGGGGACGACGUGCCGCAGCCCAAGGAGAUCAUCGACUCCUUCCUGGACCUCAUCAGGAACCUCUUCCCCUCCAACCUGGUGUCGGCUGCCUUCCAGUCGUACGGAACCGGCUACAAGUUCAUCACCACCAACGGGACCAACAUCACCGUGGAGAAGGUUCCCAUCGGUCUGGAUCAAGACGGGAUGAACAUCCUGGGUCUGGUUGUGUUUGCCAUCGUGUUCGGCGUGGCCCUGAGGAAGCUGGGGGAGGAGGGGGAGAUCCUCAUCAAGUUCUUCAACUCCUUCAACGAGGCCACCAUGGUGCUGGUGUCCUGGAUCAUGUGGUACGCCCCUGUGGGCAUCAUGUUCCUGGUGGCGGGUAAGAUCGUGGAGAUGGAGGACGUGGCCACGCUGUUCUCCAGCCUGGGGAAGUACAUCGCCUGCUGCAUGGUCGGCCACGCCAUCCACGGCCUGCUGGUGCUGCCCGCCAUCUACGCCGUCAUCACCCGGAAGAACCCCUACACCUUCCUGUGGGGCACCUUCACCGCGCUGGCCACCGCCUUCGGCACCUCGUCCAGCUCGGCCACCCUCCCCCUGAUGAUGAAGUGCGUUGAGGAGAACAACGGUGUGUCGAAGCACAUCAGCCGCUUCAUCCUCCCCAUCGGCGCCACCGUCAACAUGGACGGCGCCGCCCUCUUCCAGUGCGUGGCGGCCGUCUUCAUCGCCCAGCUCAACAACAUCUCGCUCAACUUCGUCCAGGUCAUCACCAUCCUAGUGACGGCCACGGCGUCCAGUGUGGGGGCGGCGGGCAUCCCAGCGGGCGGCGUCCUGACGCUGGCCAUCAUCCUGGAGGCCGUGGGCCUGCCCACCAACGACAUCUCCCUCAUCCUGGCCGUCGACUGGCUCGUAGACCGUACCUGCACCGUGAUCAACGUGGAGGGCGACGCCUACGGCGCCGGGCUCCUGCAGCACUUUGUGGACAGCCAGGCCAAAAAGGAGGAAGGGGCGGAGCUAAGCGAGGUCAGGAUGGGGGACCAGCCCCCCAACGCCGCCCCCGAGAGCUCGCCGCUGAUGGGGAAGUCCGGGGGGCCGGGGGAAAAGGAGUCCGCAAUGUGAUACCCUCCUCAAGCUCCAGCCAAUCAGGAUCCUGCUCAGUCCCCGUCCCGCCUCCCGCCUCAGUAGUGGGCGGGACGGGGACAAACUGUCGAGAGCGGCUUCCUGUAGGAUGCCGGUCACAGGAUGUUGGGUUUUUUAAGGGACAGUUUUCUAUUUAUGAUUUCAAAUCAUCGUUUGCCUUCCAAAGUACAUCAUUUCUGCCAUUUCUUCGUCUUUGACGACGAUUGAAAAAGCACAUUCUUCUCUGGUGGGCAAAAGCUUUCUAAAGUUUGAAGCCCUUUACUUGGCAGACCCGUCUGUAUUCUGUACACACCAAAUACACGCACGCACACACACGCUCGGACGCACACACAGCCGCACACUACCCAUGGACCUCCGAGCUGCGCUGCCACUCCAAAGAAGGGCUUGCUGCUGUGGCAGGUCGAAGGUCAGAACCCUGGAACCCCCUAACCCUAACCCUGGAACCCCACGGCCUCCAGCACCAGCACCCUCCACUGUGGGUCGAGGCUUCUGUUAGGGCGCAGUCGCACUACCUCUGUCCGUCGACGGAUCUCACUGACUGAAAAAUGUUCCGCUUUUGAGGCAGUGACGGAUCCAUCGGCCAAUCAGAUCGUGUUAUGCAAAUAUACGCAAGUACACUCUCCAAUGAAAUCGCCUUUCUAAUACCACCCGGGCUUAGCUCAGGAGGUAGAGCAGUUGUCUUGGAACCGAAAGGCUGCUAGUUCGAUCCCUAGCUCCUCCUAGCUGAGUGUUGAUGUGUCCCUCAGCGAGACACUUAACCCUGACUGCUCCUGACGAGCUGGCGGUCGCCUUGCAUGGUUCACUCUGCCGGCGGUGUGUCAAUGUGUGUAUUAACCGAUGUAAGUCGCUCUGGAUGAAAGCGUCUGAUAAAUGCCCUAAUUGUAAUUGUAAUUGUAAACAAGGAUACGUCAAAAAGCUCCCAUCCGUCGAUGGACGCAUGUAGUUUGAACACUGCGUUGGUGUCUACCUCCAUCCUCAAGCCCCGCCUCUAGAGGGCCCCGCCUCUAGAGGGCCCCGCCUCUAGAGGGCCCCGCCUCUAGAGGGCCCCGCCUCUAGAGGGCCCCGCCUCUAGAGGGCCCCGCCUCUAGAGGGCCCCGCCUCUAGAGGGCCCCGCCUCUAGAGGGCCCCGCCUCUAGAGGGCCCCGCCUCUAGAGGGCCCCGCCUCUAGAGGGCCCCGCCUCAGUGCUCUGAGGCGAGCCGUGCGUUCAUACGGGAUGGGUCAAGCUAUCACUGCUGCUUUUACAAUGUAUUGUAUCUUUACCACACCAGGUAACCCUAACCCUAAACAAUGUAUUUUAUCUUUAUCACACCGGUUGGAUUGAAUCCAGGCCUUGAUGUUAACAAAGUGUCUCAACCUUGGAAGGAUUCUGCUUUAAUUUAACUUAUUUUUAAAGACUCAGACUCACCCAUGUGAUCAUCAUCAUGUGACCCAUCAUCUGAUCAUGUGACCACCAUGGGCUCAAUCUCGUAAUAAGAAUGUGGAGAAUGUGUUGUAGCGAACGUGAUAUUAGUACCGUUGGAACUGGUUUUGAACAAGUUUAACGUUGAAUUGGAUAUUAUUUUAUUCUUAACUCAUUAUGAUUUCACCUCAAACUGAAAUCCGUUACCAAAAGGUUUUGUUUGAAACCAAACCGUUGGAAGAGAUACCAAAUUGGGGAAUUUCCGUUUAAACUGUAAACUAUUUAUUUCCGUUGUGUGGUCCGGCCGUUUAUAGCUUUGGCACAGCGGCUGCUUUGUAGUUUUAUUCUGUGGUCGGUUACGGUCAGGACUUUGGGGCGGUUAGGGCGCUUUACAGCUGUCAAUCAACUGGCGGUUGGGGUAUGAUUGUGUGUUGGGACAUCGCUGAGAUCUAAAUCAUUCCAUUCCUCCCUGUUCUCUGUAUGUGUGUAUUUUGGAGAAAACAUUGUGUGUGUGUGUAGCCUAUGUGCGACUAUUGCAGGACUCAAUCACAGGUAUGAAGAGAAUAUAAAACAUUGUCUUAUUUUGGUUACUGCCUGAAUGUGCUCCAUUAAGAGUUCAGAAUUCAUGUUUUAAAGUUGGGUAAACUUUUGACCUUUUAUUUUAUUUUAUUUUUUUAAAAAGUAAAAGAAUACCAAUUCUGUUGAUUAAUCUUCAUUGACGUGUAUUUUAUCAUUAAAACAAAUUAUUGCACACUGUCCGUCCACAGAAAGUAUGCACACACAUGAGGUCAGAAAAGUCUCAUUAUAAUGAAUGCACAGAGAAGGAUUCACAAAUGUAUUUUGUGAUUUAUAUAUAAAAUACUCGUCUCAAAAAUACAUUCAAAUGCACACACACACAUGGAUAUCGGUACGUAUAAAUGUAAAAUAAAUCCAUCAACAAAAAUAAGUUUCACAACCACAUUUCUGACCCACACACAAAUGUGUCUUGUUUUAAAUAAAUGUAAUAUAAAUCCAUAAAUACAUGAAUUAACAAAGAUAUUUGCAAUUUUCCUUUGUGAACAUUGUGUUUCUGCAUUUAUAUGUGGAUUUUUGAGACUCUCCUGACGUGGCUGGAUUCACAAAAUGCAUAUUUUUCAGGGAACUCUAGCCAAUCACAUGACUGCAGAGACUGGUUUUUAGAUUGUCGGUGCCUUUAAAGUAGCAUUAAUAAUCGUUUACUACUUUAACGGCACCGACAAUCCCAAAACCCGAAACUAGAUGGAAAAAGUAUGUAGUUCAAAACGUGAUGCAGCUUUUACUUCUUCGCCACCUACAGAUGCACGAUCAUUAAAAAAAAACAUGUUAUUUCCCAUAGACAUUUGAUAAAUUCAAAUAUUUUUUUAAUCCACAUAUUAAUGGAUUUAUAUUACAUGUAGGCUAUUUAAAACAAGACACAUUUGUGUUUGGAUCAGAAACAUGCUUGUGAAACUUAUUUUUGUUUAUGGAUUUCUUUUACAUUAAUAUAUAGGGCCUACCGAUAUCCAUUUGUAUACAUUGAAAUGUAUGUGUGAGAAGAGAGUAAUUUAUAUAUAAAUCACAAAAUACAUUUGUGAAUCCUUCUCCGUGCAUUCAUUAUUAACGAGACUGUUCUGACCCGAUACACAUAUGAUAUGGCCCUACAGGUGUGCUGAUCAGUGAAAUCACCUGUGCCGUGUUCCAAUACCCGUACUGUCCGUACUUACUAGCCAAAAUUUGAGUAUGCAGUACGUUCCAAUUCAGAUCCGGCGAAAAUAAGUAUACUUCAAGGACCCGGAUGCCGUACUCAACGGCAGCCAUCUUAGCUACGUAGCGGAAGAGGCGGAGCCAGGCCUGCAUUAAUAGUCAUUUUGUAGUUUUUACAGCUUUUUAUAGCUGCUAGGCGUAAAGAGUUCACCGUUCAAAGCGGGAUGUUUAUUGCGGGAUGUUUAUUGCGGGGAAGGAGCCACGGCGGCAGUCGUGAUCGUAAUUUCCGGUUAGUGCACCACGGAGUACUCGAUUUGGAACAGCACUCACAUCUGAAAAAUUAACGUAGUAGAUAGUGCGGAUAGUAUACUUCCUUUAAGUAUACUCAUGGAAGUACGGGUAUUGGAACACUGCACUGUAGUUUGUUGGAAUUCUAUGCAUACUGUGUGCAGCAGUACCUCCGUCCGUCGACGGACCUCAUUGACUUUGCAUGGGGGCGCUCGCGAAAUGCAUUUCGGGUCCGUCCCUUCUGUCAGCUCCGUGGCCUGAGUCAAAAAGAUUAGAAUUUUUCAACUUUUCAGGCAGCGACGUAUCCGUCGGCCAAUCAGACUGCGUUAUGCAAAUAUACGCAAGGACAAUGUCCAAUGAAUUCGCCUUUGUAAUACAACCUGGAAGAACACAUGGAUACGUGAAAAAGCCCCCAUCCGUCGACUGACGCAUGUAGUGUGAACAAGGCGUAGGUAGGAACGGAGCCUUGCAUGUUUCCACUGUUCAGCUCGUUCAGCUUUAAUCGCAUAGCUUCAGCCAAUCACAAGGGCUCGCUUGGCCCAUGUUGGACUCCUUUUAAAGGUACCAUCAGUACAGCUGACCAAUCACAGCGGGACACGUCAGGACCAGUGUUGCCAGAUUGGAGAUGCUAAGGUAAUGUAGCAGAGGUUACUGUCGUACUGUGAGGAGGAGUAUCGUCCGAUUCGUCCUGUGAGGAACCUAAGAUAACGAAUAAUUGUGUGUGUGUGUGUGUGUUAUUGCAGGAAAUGUGUUAUUACAGGAAACACGUAUUUAUUUAGACUUAUUACUUUUUUCUACAAAUCUAGACACAAUAGCUGUGUUCGAAAUCGUUCCCUAUACACUCGUUCCCUAUUCCCUAUAUAGUGUACAUGAUAUAGUGCACUAUAUAGGGAAUAGGGAACGAGAAUUCGGACACUACGCUGAACAUUUCUGAACGUCAUUUGCGUCAGUAAAUGCGCCGGGUAUUUGUGUGACGCAGACAGAUGCGCCCACAUCAAGUAAACAAACCGGGCACUCACGACGAAAGCUGGAGGUUGUAUUGAUGUUGAAUGUUACAUUUCCUUGUUUAAUUAAUUUUGAAUGUUAAAUAUUCUAUGUUAAAUCCCAAAUAAAUUGUUGACAUUUCUAAACGAAAGCCGGAGACUCCAUCAUUAAAUGUAUUCGUUUUCGCGGUUAUUCGGCUUCUUCUUCUCCUCUGGAAAAAUACAACCGCAUUGCAUUGUGGUAUACGGGAGUAACAUGUAGGGAACAUCGUGUGUACCCUGUUUUAAGUCCACUAUAUAGUGGACCACUGAGAAUUCGAACACGCUAGAAAAUGGCGUGCACCCUAUUUAGUGCACUACAUCCAUGAUAGGGAACGAUUUCGAACACAGCUUUUGUUUACUAAACACAGAAUAAUGCUACUGAAGCUAUAUGAUGUAGCUCUAUGAAGUAGAUCUAUGAUGUGGCUAUAUUGUGAGGCUCUAUGUGAUGUAGCUCAACUGUAUAGCUCUAUGGUGUAGCUCUAUAAAGUCUUCACUCUUCACGGAACCAGAGGCUUUACUGACCAAUCACAACACGAGUUGUAAAUUAUCAGCGACUUCAAGACGAGCCUGAUUGGCUGGAGAGACGCUGCAUGAGAAGAGAAACGCGAAAACACAGGCGUAGAAUCCGCGUUUUACUGACGUGAUGGGGUCAUUAAAGUAGGCAAAGGGUCACAAACACCUCCAACGACAUUCUUAGACUUUAUGAGUCGUACUGCAAUAAGCCCACUUCUGGCAACGCUGGUCAGUUCAA